GCCGCGCAGUGUGCGCUGAGAGCCGCGGCGGGAGCGCUGCUGUGCGGCGGCUCUGCGAGAGCGGUGACGGUUCUUCGCGCGCCUCCGUUCUGCGCCGCCAUGUCCCGCGAACCUGAGAUCAUGGAGUCGCAAGUGAUGUGGGAGCCCGACAGCAAGCGGAACACCCACAUGGAUCGGUUCCGCGCCGCCGUGGCCGGCAGCUGCGGGCUCCGCCUGGCCAACUACAACGACUUGUACCAGUGGUCAGUGGAAUCCUUUGCGGACUUCUGGGCAGAAUUCUGGAAGUACAGUAACAUCGUGUGCUCUCGCCUGUACGAUGAGGUGGUUGACACGUCCAAAAGUAUUGCAGAUGUCCCAGAGUGGUUUAAAGGAAGCCGCCUGAACUAUGCAGAAAAUCUUCUGAAGCACAAGGACAAUGACAAAAUUGCACUGUAUGCAGCAAAGGAAGGCAAGGAAGAAAUUUUGAAAGUGACUUUCGAAGAACUGAGACAAGCCGUAGCUCUGUAUGCUGCAGCCAUGAGAAAGAUGGGAGUAAAAAUAGGAGACAGAGUUGUGGGUUACUUACCAAACAGCAUUCAUGCAGUAGAGGCGAUGCUGGCUGCGGCGAGUAUUGGUGCUAUCUGGAGUUCAACAUCACCAGACUUUGGCAUUAACGGUGUGCUGGACAGAUUUUCUCAAAUUCAGCCUAAGCUCAUCUUCUCUGUUGAAGCUGUUGUGUAUAAUGGCAAAGAACAUAACCACUUGGAAAAGCUGCUUAGUGUGGUAAAAGGGCUUCCAGAUUUAAAAAAAGUGGUGGUGAUCCCUUAUGUCUCCUCAAGAGAAACUAUAGAUAUCUCUAAGAUUCCAAACAGUGUCUUUUUAGAAGACUUCCUUGCUACUGGGAAAGGAGACCAGGCACCCCAGCUGGAGUUUGAACAGCUGCCUUUCAGUCAUCCUCUCUUUAUCAUGUAUUCAUCAGGCACAACUGGGGCACCAAAAUGCAUGGUGCAUUCAGCAGGGGGUACAUUAAUACAGCACCUGAAGGAACACAUUCUUCAUGGCAACAUGACCAGCAGUGACAUCAUUAUGUACUACACAACGACUGGCUGGAUGAUGUGGAACUGGUUGGUGACGGCGCUUGCUACUGGAGCUUCAGUGGUUUUGUAUGAUGGAUCUCCUCUAGUCCCAUCACCAAAUGUGCUCUGGGACUUGAUUGACCGACUAGGGAUCACCAUCCUUGGAACGGGUGCCAAGUGGCUUGCUGUGCUAGAAGAGAAAAACUUAAAACCAUGUGAAACACACAACCUCCAAACGCUCCAUACUAUAUUGUCUACAGGAUCGCCUCUCAAAUCUCAAAGCUAUGAGUAUGUCUACAAGCACAUAAAGAGCAGUGUCCUCCUGGGAUCCAUUUCAGGUGGGACAGAUAUAAUUUCAUGUUUCAUGGGUCAGAACGUUACGAUUCCAGUUUACAAAGGAGAAAUUCAGGCCAGAAAUCUUGGGAUGGCUGUGGAAGCAUGGAAUGAUGAAGGAAAACCAGUUUGGGGUGAGAGUGGAGAGCUGGUUUGUACCAAGCCCAUUCCCUGUCAGCCUACACACUUCUGGAAUGAUGAGAAUGGAAGCAAAUACAGGAAGGCUUAUUUUUCAAAAUUCCCAGGUGUUUGGGCCCAUGGUGAUUAUUGCAAAAUUAAUCCCAAGACAGGAGGAAUUGUCAUGCUUGGGCGCAGUGAUGGUACAUUAAAUCCAAAUGGAGUAAGAUUCGGAAGUUCUGAAAUCUAUAAUAUAGUUGAGGCCUUUGAGGAGGUUUCUGACAGCCUCUGUGUCCCUCAGUACAACAAGGAUGGGGAGGAAAGGGUGAUACUCUUCUUGAAGAUGGCUUCAGACCAUGCGUUCAGCGAGGACCUGGUGAAAAGAAUUCGAGAUGCAAUCCGUGUAGCACUUUCUGCCAGGCAUGUUCCAAGCCUCAUUCUAGAAACCAAAGGCAUUCCGUAUACGAUCAAUGGGAAGAAAGUGGAAGUGGCCGUGAAGCAAAUAAUUGCGGGGAAAGAAGUAGAGCAGCGGGGAGCUUUCUCAAACCCAGAGACUUUGGACCUCUACCAAAAUAUUCCUGAGCUUCAGAAUUUCUGAAGCCACGUGUUUGUGGUUGUUGGUUUGGGUUUUUUUUUUGCGUCUGUCUUUGUUCUGUGUUUGUUUUGUAUAUACCAAUGCUGUAUGUAAAGAAAAAGCUCUAUUUAAUACCAGUGGUUCUUUUAGAAGAAAAAGAAAUAUCUUGUAAAGUGCAUUCUGAAAGGCUCGGGUGAAGCUUAGCUCCCUUUUAUUGCUUCAAUAUGCCAUACGUCCAGCCUGGAAGGAGGAACCUGCCUGUGCUGAUUUUUGUAUCUAUGCCGAAUGCGUUGUUUCUGGUUUAGAUUCCCCUCAGCAGCCCAUCAGAUGGGAGCACCAUUAGCAGGUGUUACAGUUGAUAAUAGAAUAUUUCUUUCACAAAAUGUUCACGUUUUUAAAAAAAAAAGGAAACUGGAUUUUUAACGUUUUUCUUUUUCAAUGCAUUUUAGAGCCACCUGCAAGGAAGGUGCAGCAGUUGUAACUACUUGUCUGUGAAACACAGAGGCAUCCUACGCGUGCGUUUGCAUGUUUUUAUAAAGCCAAAUCAUAAUGCACUAAAUCUAUCUGACUUGACUCAGAAUAAUUCCAGGCCCCAAACAGCUGGUGGUACUUCUGAAGGCAACUGCUGCUCCGUUUUGUGAUGGAGCCCUCCUGUUGUUUCAAGCUCUUCAUCCAUAGACUUCAGGGGAUUGCAGAGGUGGAGGAGCAAUCGCUGCUGUAUUGCUGGCGUAGCUCUGGGGUCUGUCUGUGGAAAUGAUUGUAAUUACUCUGAGUUUAACAUCACUGUAGUUGGAGGCAGCGUUUGCCUCCUUGUUUUGAAGUUCUUUACUGGCAGCAAUCCACCGUUACGUUAGCUGAAGGAUUCCAGUGUGUCCAUUUAUUAAAAGCUGAUGAUUUUGUAACACUUUUUUUUUUACUUAAUGUCACCGUGAAAAUGAAAGGCUAACAUGUUUUCUAGCCCUGUACCCUUCCAGUUCAUAAAGGGAGAAAUACCAUAGUGAGCAUACUAAAACAGUAAAAUGGAAGCACUAAAACGUUGUUUUCUUUUCCCACGAGGAAAACAGAGUGGCAGCAGUUGUACUGAACCUCUGGCAGUCAGCAUCUCCUGCACUAUUUGAGUUUUGUGGGUUAAGUAUUUAAUGCAUUAAAAUAAUGGAUGUCCUUACAAUUGUGUUGAAUGCAUUCAACAGUAAUAGAGUUAAUUAAAAUAAAUUGAUUCUUUAUAUAUAUAUAUACAUAUAUAUAUAAUAUAUAUAUUUGUUUACACUUUCACUCAGCUAUUGUCUUAAUUUUCUUUAGAUUGGUUGUCAUGGAACCAUUUGUAACUUAAUUUCUGCUGAUGAUUUUAAUGGGUUUUUAAGCCAAGUCUAUCCCCACAGCAAAAUGUUUGCUCUUGUUUGUUUUAUCCUGUUUCUUUCUGGUGCAGAGCCCAAGACAAGCAAGCAUAGGUGCUGGCUAUGUAUGCAUGGCUGGCUCGUUUAGAAGGUCACAGGUAAACAGGAGAAGAUGUGCUGCACGUGUGCUGGUGGCAUUAUGGGAAGGAGCUGCAAUGUGUUCAUGCUGCUAACAGGGGAGGAAGGGCAUGGCCCGUUGUUUAGGGCAGGAUCAAGGAGUUGGUGGUGGUGAUGUUUUGCUGCAGAUAGUCGAUGUGAACUGCAGUUUCCUCCCCCUGUGACAAAUCUCAGCCAGCUCAGUAAGCUGAAUGCUGCUGCAGAGCUCAUCGAGUCUGGCUGUUCAUUCACACAGGGUGAAAGUGCCCCUCUGUGACAAUGUGAAGAACGCAGUCGUUGUGGGCAGCAGCUCCACACCCGCUGCGGGGCUCAGAAAUGCCUCAUUAGCAAAUGAGUCUUUAAAUGAGUUGGUUUCCAUUUGACUUUUUGAACUGUACCAAGUUGGACAGUAUAGAUGCUGGCGUGAGAAAUGCUAGCACAUAAAUACCAAGCACCCGUUAGGAAAGUAUAAAAAUGAGCUAUCCAGCUGCCAAUAACCUAUGAUUAAAAGUAUUUUUAAAUUCCUUUCCCCUCUGGCGUGCUAUAUAUAAAUUUUACAUUAACUGUGACUUUGUAUUCAUUAAAACUUCAUCAUAUUGUUCUUUAA